UGACAAAAAAAAAAAAAAAAAAAAAAAAAGGACCACCACCGCCGCCGCCGCCGCCACCAACUACAAUAACCCCCCCUCCCCUCCAUAAGAACAACAUAUAGUAGUUCAGUCUCUUUUCCGAGUCUCUUCUUCUUUCUCUUCCUCUUCUUCAUCAGUUUUGUGAGGAGAGAAGAAAAAAGUGAGAGAGAAAGAGUGGAAGCGAGAGAGAGCACUGUUAAAUAUCUCUUUAAGUGUUUGAAUGAAUGGAAACUAGGAAAAUGGCCAGAAAAGUCUCCUUGCUCACCGCCGGACUAUUGUUGACAAUAAUAAUUCACCUGUGCGGGCUAACUAAUGCAAUCUCAGAACCAAAUUACAACGACCCCGUUUUAGUAAAGACCGAGAGAAAUCGAAAUGGUGUACCGAUCUUCUUGGGAAGCCUUAAAGAGGACGAACGGGAAGUGAAACUGGAUCCACCUCUUAGCGCCACUGAUCCGGACAAAGGCAGAGGUGGCAAAAUUUGCGGCUAUGGAAUCAUCGGCCAGCACCUACACGAUGUCCCUUUUGAAAUCAUACUUCUCAACAAUGAAACCGGUGAGGCUAAAAUUGUUGUGAAGGCUGGCGAGACAUUGAAUUGCGAGAAAAGAGAAAAAUACAAGUUCACCAUUGUUGCUUAUGACUGCGGGGAAAUACAUCAUUAUUCAAACAAAUCCAUUGUGAUUGUCCACGUGGAAGAUGUUGAUGAAUACCCGCCGACAUUUAAUGAAGACAGUUAUGAAGUUGAGGUGGAAGAGGGCCAUGUCUUUGGUUCUAUCACUCAGCUGACUGCUUCCGACAAAGACAAGUCCAAGAACUUCUCUAAGAUUUGUAGAUAUGUUAUUUUGGACAACGAUGUUCCAUUUGAGAUCAGUAACGAUGGUGUUCUCAAAAAUACUGUUCCUCUGGAUCAUGCCAAAAGACAUAACUACAUGAUCAGUGUGGUAGCAGAAAGUUGUACCAGAAAGCGAUCCAAACCAGUCCUCGUUAAUAUUUUGGUGAAGAAGAAGUGUGAAGUUGGUUGGAAAGGUAUCCAGCAGCACCUAGAAUACAUGCCAAAUUCUGGCCGUCAAAAGAUCAGUGAACAUGCACACCUCGACCUCUGUGACAAACCGUGUCAAGUUGAGAAAGUGUCCAUUCGGAUGGUGCUUACAACUAAGCACAUUGGUAAAGGCUGUGACAGAGAUACCUACUCCAUCUCAUCACAAAGGAAACUCUGUGGUGCUAAUGGCGAUAGUGUUGAUCUGUUACCAUCUCCAAGUGUUGCUACUUGGACAUCAAGCCUACCAACAGAUGACGGUAAAGAGAGUGAUCAAAUCUUUGCGUUUGACGGCCAGACUAAUGCAGUCGAGGUUCCUGAUGGCCAUCUCAAUCAUUCUCUCACCAGUCACUUUACCAUUUCUACCUGGAUGAAGCGCGAACACAACUCCAAGAGGUUCGGUGGACAAUCAUCACCAAACAAGGCACGAAAAGAACACAUUCUUUGUAUGUCUGAUGGAGAACAUUUGAAUAGACAUCAUUACGGACUGUUUGUUCACGGAGACAAAUUGGUGUUUCUUCUGCGACGUGAAGCUGCCGAAGGAGAAGACAUGGAAGCUUUUAGCCCGGCGGAAUGGAGAUGGCAACUGCCCCAGAUUAACGAUGGCGAAUGGCAUCAUUAUGCCUUGAGUGUUGAUUACCCCGAGGUCCGUUUAUAUAUUGAUGGCAAAGUUGUCGUCCCCUCAAACCAUGAUUUUGAAGUUGUGGACGAUUGGCCCCUACAUAGAACCAAAAAAGUCCAUUUCACAGAACUGGUUGUUGGUGCUUGCUGGCAAGGAAGCACGAAAAAGUUUGACCAUUUCUUCCGAGGGUACCUUGCAGAACUUUCUGUUUUGCGUGACAAAACAGAGAGCGAAAGAGUCAUCAAGUGUUUAGUCAACUGCAAGGAAUAUCUCGAUUUCCAUGCUCUGAACAAGAUGGAAAGUGGAACGUCUGUGAGCUUCAACAGUGAAAUGACAGAAUUUAGCAUUAUGGGCAAGAAUGUGACGGAAGUGGAAAGCCUGAUCCGAGAAGUCUCUUACGUAAAUGCCAGACAUUACCCGACUCCAGGAAGACGUGCACUCAAGAUGGAGACUGCUGUAGAAUGCCAGAGUGUUGAUGGUGAGAGCAGCCACACCCCGCUGUCCGGCGUUUCCCCUGUGGACGUCGACAUUAUUGUAAUGCACCCGAUGAGACCAAUCAUCACAGUCCAGGGCCUUUCCAACUUGACCCUCACUCCGAGCCAACUGAAGGUCGGACGAAGAGUAUUUAGUAACGUUGAGAUCAUUGUGAGCCAAGCUGACGAUGAAGAUGAAGAAGAAGAUGAUGAAGAUGACGACGAUGAAGAUGACGACGAAGAUGUGAGAGGUGAAGAUGGAGAUGACGACAAACUGAAUGGUGUUUUCCCUGAUGCUGGUCUGUUUAAACCUCAAAGGAAAGAAUUCCUUCUCGACAGCUGUACCGUGACUGCUGAACCAAUUCUCGAUUUACACAAGGAAGUUCUUCUAACUCCACAUAAUUUGAUCCAAAAUCUCAAACUGGAAAGUAGUUUAACUAAUAAACGAUUGCUGAUUAAAAAUGCUGACAAAGUGAGGGACUAUAUCACUGUGCUGAAAGAAAUCCGUUACGUCCAUAAAGACGGCAAUUCACUUGGCAGCAGAUAUUUUGAAUUGGUCUGCUCCUCUCAGAACGGCCGAUUCCAGAGCAAACCUGUGAAAAUAAAGAUCAUGGCUAUUCAUGAUGAAGAACCAGAUACCAAAAUACAUGCUCAUGCUCGACAUAAUAUGGAAACACCGUACAGCGACAAUGAAAUACAUAUGCUGGACAACAUAAAAGCCACGGUUUCUACUGCUCCAAAUUUUGGCAUGGCGGCCAUCAUUGUCAUUUGUGUUGGUUUCCUGCUCUUCAUGAUCAUCUUGGGUGUCAUUCGGAUCCGUGCGGCCCACAAACGAACCCAGGUGGUUGCUGUAGAUGAGAAGCAGGAAAUGGAAUGGGAUAACUCUGCACUUAACAUCACUGUGAAUCCCAUGGAUCAGCCUUAUGAUAGAGGUGACAGUGCCAUGCAAGCAUUACGUGUUGCCGACAGCGAUUCUGAUGAUGAUGAUGACGACACGUGUCAUGACAGCUCCGAGGAGGAAGCAAUGGAGAAAGGCACCGCUCCGACCAAAGUCGGUCGGGAGCUUGAGUGGGACGAUUCCAUCUUGUCUUUCUAAGCAUGUGGAAUAUUUGUAUGUAUGUAUGUAUGUAUGUAUGUACAUAUGUAUAUGCGUGUGUUUGUCAUGUGGGAGGGAUGCACGCACACACAUACAUACUCAUGCACACACAUACACACACAUAUACACAAACACAC